GUUAAAAUGAACGAUAUAGCUCAAACAGGAAAAUCUUAGGCUUCUGCUUAAGAUAUUCAUUCAAAAAUUGAGAGUCAAUUCUUAUAGCGUUAUGCACAUUAUUUAAUUGGAGAUGAGUUUGAUUCAUUUCUAACUCCUUCAUUUGUUCAUAUGCUACAUAUUCUGGAUUCAAAAAAAGUGAGUUGUGAAUAAUUGAUAAAUUAUAAGACAUAGCAAAUUAAUGUAAUUUGCUUUAAUUUAAAUUUAGAAUCAAAACACUGAAAGUCAAGUAUUUUUUGCAUUGAGAAAUUUCACUUUUAAUUCAUUUUCUUUAAUGUUUGAUCAGAAAUUAGAAAACACCAAUGUUUAUACAAAGGAAGAAUACUUUCGAUCAAUAAGAACUACGUAUUUUUUAAAUAAUAAAGUAGACAAGAUUAAGCUAAUCGAAGACAUUAAUUUGUGCAUAAUCCAUCUAAUUCUUUUAAUUAAGACAAGUAAGAAUAACAUUAACACAACUUCUAUGAGUUAUAUUCAAAUAAAUUAGCAAAAGAUUAAGGAGACAUACUUUAAGGAGAAAUUGUGAUAUUUGAAACCAGAAUUAAAUAUCCAGCUACCAAAGCCAAAUAAUUGUGUUACGAAAUUAAAUUGAAAAUAGACAACCUAUUUAAAUCAACUGUAAACUAAAUAUUAAUUUGAAGACUAGGUAACAUCAGAUUAUUAGAUCAGAAUAUAUACCAUAUUUAGAAGAGUAUAAAUAUCCAACAAUUGUUUUAAUAAUAUUAUAUAAUGGAGAUGUAAAUCUAGAUUUCUCUAAACUUCUCCAAAUGAAUUAAAUAACUAUUAAUAGAAAGCAAUUUGCCUUAAAAGUAAAAGUUUACUUCAUCAGUAAACUCUCUUUGUUCAGCCAUUUUCGAGAAGUCAAUAAUUAAUAAAAGACUGAAUGCAUUACAGAUAAGGUAAAUAGUAAUACACAAUAAGGUUGUUACCUUCUAUGACAUGAAUAGAGUUAGACAAAGGAGAUAAAAAGUGCUUAAAGAAAUCGAAAUGAUUAAGAAAUAAGCCUAAGCGGUAAAAAUACAUGAUAAUUUGAUAAGAAUCAAAACAAAAAGAAAAAAGAGUAGUAUUGGAAGUGGAGUAUUACUACUGGAUUUUGCGUGGUUGCUGCAAUCUAUUUAUUGAGUAAAAAAUAAAUAAAUCUCAAAAAGUUUGUCUAAGUUACUUCCAAAAUAGUUUGA